AGGACGCAAGACUACAGAGUUUUGGGCGGUUAAGACCAUCGAUUCUGACGGCACAAUCAAGCCGGCAAAAUUAAGCGUGAGGGAGGCUAUGGAACGGCCUAACGGUAGGAAGGUCGUGCUCAGGUUCAACAAUGCAAAGCAAGCUAUUGGGGACGAAGCUGGACUGUUGAGUGGCGUGCUUGGUCUGUUGGGGUCUGAUUUUGGAAAAUUUCCCAUCUGUAGAACAAGUUGGCGUGAGAUUACUACGAAAGACAAGGUCUAUAACGAAUGUGUCAAGCAAAUAUUCCACUUUGAUGAAGACAGCGAAGGAAUUAUAAAGAAAAAUAUUUUGAAAAGUAUGGGGAAGUCUUGGAAGGAAACAAGGCUGAGGUUGUAUGACCGUUUUUAUGAGCCAACAUUCACGACUGAACAAAAUCUUGAGAAUCGACCGCCGGGAAUUGAUCGAGAGCAUUGGAGAUGGUACCUUGACUAUCGCGCCAAACCUGAGACGAAGGAGAAGUGCAAGAAAAACGCGGUCAAUCGAUCGGCGCCCAUAUCCAUGGCGAUUCUAUUAAUCGCCGGCAUUUGAUUUUGCGGCGGUUUA